GCGGGGGCGGGGCGGGGGCCGCGGCAGCGGCGCGAGACAACUACGCAGUGAAGCCGGACUUGCAGGCAGGCGCGCGCGGAGCGGGAGCAGCGGCCGCCCUGCAGAGAUGUGACUCGGGCCCAGGGCCAGCGGGAGCGUCGGCGCUGCGGGGCCGCGGGGGGUCGAAUGUUCAUGGUAUCAGAGAGAAAGAUGAGAACUCACCAGGUGCUCGCCUUCCUCCUGCUCUCCACGAUCGCCUCUGUGGCCUCUGAAAACGCCAGCACGUCCCGGGGCUGCGGGCUGGACCUCCUCCCUCAGUACGUGUCCCUGUGCGACCUGGACGCCAUCUGGGGCAUCGUGGUGGAGGCAGUGGCCGGGGCAGGUGCCCUGAUCACGCUGCUCCUGACGCUCAUCCUCCUGGUGCGGCUGCCAUUCAUCAAGGACAAGGAGAAGAAAAGCCCCGUGGGCCUCCACUUCCUCUUCCUCCUGGGGACCCUGGGCCUCUUCGGGCUGACGUUCGCCUUCAUCAUCCAGGAGGACGAGACGAUCUGCUCCGUGCGCCGCUUCCUCUGGGGCGUCCUCUUCGCGCUGUGCUUCUCCUGCCUGCUGAGCCAGGCAUGGCGUGUGCGCAGGCUGGUGCGCCAUGGCACAGGCCCAGCGGGCUGGCAGCUGGUGGGCCUGGCACUGUGCCUCAUGCUGGUGCAGGUCAUCAUAGCCGUGGAGUGGCUGGUGCUGACCGUGCUGCGUGACACAAGGCCGGCCUGUGACUAUGAGCCCAUGGACUUCGUGAUGGCCCUCAUCUACGACAUGGUACUGCUCGUGGUCACCCUGGGGCUGGCCCUCUUUACGCUGUGCGGCAAGUUCAAGAGGUGGAAGCUGAACGGGGCCUUCCUCCUCAUCACGGCCUUCCUCUCUGUGCUCAUCUGGGUGGCCUGGAUGACCAUGUACCUCUUCGGCAACAUCAAGCUUCAGGAGGGAGACGCUUGGGACGACCCCACCUUGGCCAUUACGCUGGCGGCCAGCGGUUGGGUCUUCGUCAUCUUCCACGCCAUCCCUGAGAUCCACUGCACCCUCCUCCCGGCCCUGCAGGAAAACACGCCCAACUACUUCGACACGUCGCAGCCAAGGAUGCGAGAGACGGCUUUCGAGGAGGACGUGCAGCUGCCGAGGACCUACAUGGAGAACAAGGCCUUCUCAAUGGAUGAACACAAUGCAGCUCUGCGAACAGCAGGAUUUCCCAAUGGCAGCUUGGGGAAAAGACCCAGUGGCAGCCUGGGGAAAAGACCCACCGCUCCGUUUAGAAGCAAUGUGUAUCAGCCAACCGAGAUGGCCGUUGUGCUCAACGGUGGGACUAUCCCAACUGCUCCGCCAAGUCACACAGGAAGACACCUCUGGUGAAAGACUUUAAGUUCCAGAGAGUAAGAAUCUCUCUUACCGAUUUUAUUCCCUGGCUGUGACUUUCUUGAGGGAGAAAUCGGUAACAGUAGCCGAACAAGGCCGCCUCACAGCCAGGAAAUUUGGAGAUCCCAGCCAAGGGGAUUUCAUGUAAAUGUGAACACUGAUGAACUGAAAAGCUAACACCGACUGCCCUCCCCUCCCCUGCCACACACACAGACACGUAAUACCAAACCAACCUCAAUCCCCGCAAACUAAAGCAAAGCUAAUUGCAAAUAGUGUUAGGCUGCCUCAAAUAUGUGGCUGGGAAGACUGUUUCAUCCUUUGGGGGUAGAACAGAACCAAAUCCACAGCUGGUGGGCCAGGCUGGUGUCAGCUGGAUAUGGGGGAGCCCCCACCCGCUGGACCCUCCCCAGCAAAUGCUGGACAUCAGGUGGCCCCUUGGAGAUGACCAUUUCGUUGAGGAGGACAAAUGGGAACUUUUCCACCGGCUUGCUGGUGGUUUGCACAUUUCAGGGGGUGUCAGGAGAGUUACGGAGGUUUCCAAAGCAAGGCCCAAAUGAAUUGUGGGGUGAGCUUUAUAGCCAGUAGUGGUGAAAAGACCCUGGCAUGUGCCAAAGAAGAAGAGGCUUGCUGGGCAUUGAAGCGACCAUCACAUUUAGAAAGUGGUGACCAACUGCUGUUCCUUCUGUGGGCCUCUUGCUCUAGCACCUAUGGUGAAAAAGUCCUGCCCCUCCCCUUGUAGAGCCAUAGAACAUUCUGGCUUGGGGCCAGAUCAUCUCACUCACUUCCUGUACUGAGGAAUACCCCCUCCAAACCCUUGCCAAGUUUAUUCCCAUGUUCAUUUCAAAAGCUUAGAUGGGGCCACCAUCUUAAAGCCCCUCUACGGGGCAGAUUGGAGGGCAGGCGCCGGAGCGGUUUUCCUCCGUGAUGUCCCAUGGCAGGGCUUCCUGGGUGCCCUCUAGGAUAAGAGAUGACAUCCUGCCUCUUAGCAACCAGGGGCUUCUUGGGUCUUUUCCAUGAAUAUGGUGAAAGUUCCUGGGUGGAACAGAUCACACAAGGGUUUUUUGCUGCUUUUGAUGGGUGUGUGGGACAUUUUUGUCUUGGUUUUCUGCAGGUUCCAUGAAAAUGGCCUUUUUCAAAGCCCAUUGUUUCUGUCAUGGUUUCCAUCUGUCCUAAUCAAGUCAUUCCUUUAUUAUUUAGCAUUUUGAACAUCUCGGCCAUCAAAAGCCCCAUGUUCUCUGCACUGUUUGGCCAGCAUAACCGUUAGCAGGGAUUCAAAGCAAAGAGUUUUAACCUGACGGCAUGGAAUGUAUAAACAAGGGUGGGUCCUUUGCAUAUACUCUAAUCACUACAUUGCUUUUUCUAUAAAACUACCCGUAAGCCUUUAACCUUUAAAGAAAACGAAAAAGGUUAGUGUUUGGGGGUGGGGGAGAACUGACUACUUCAUAAGCCAGCACAUUUGAGCUGAGUAUGUUUUAAUAAACCUUUUGAUAUUUCUCAAG